CUCACCCCAACCAUUAUACCUCAAAUACCCCUCGUAUCUUAGUUUCUUUUCAGAGACUAUCACACCUAGCGCUUGACUCCUACAUACCUACCCACUCUACUACCGUUCUACCUUGAAAGCGACAUAUCAACAUGGGUAAAGACUACUACAAGCUUCUCGGCGUUUCAAAAGAUGCCUCAGAAGACGAUAUCAAGAAGGCCUACAAGAAAAUGGCCUUGAAAUGGCACCCAGAUCGAAACCAAGGAUCCGAUGCUGCAUCACAGAAGUUCAAAGAGAUCUCCGAAGCCUUCGAAGUCCUCUCAGACAAACAGAAACGUACCAUAUACGACCAACUAGGCGAAGAAGGUCUGAAGGGCGGAGGAGGAGCCGCAGGCGCUGGUGCCGGCCCAGGCGGUUUCCCAGGAUUCAGUUCAGGAGGAUUCCCAGGCGGAGGUCCGACGACGUUCACAUUCGCGUCGGGUCCCGGAGGUGGAGGAUUUGCUGGUAUGGGUGGAGGCGGAGGUAGAGGUGGAUUCGCACCUUCCGAUCCACAGAAAGUCUUCGAGUCGUUCCUCUCCGGAAUGGGCUUCGGCGGACUUGGUGGGAUGAGCGGGAUGAGCGGAAUGGGAAAUAUGGGCGGUUCGUCAAGAGGUAGUUUCAGCAUGGGAGGAGACGACGAUGACGACCCAAUGAGCGGUGGGGGCAGCCCAUUCACCUCCUCAUUCGGCGGCAUGCCAGGCGGUAUGCCGCGUCCACGCCGUACCAACUCUCGUUCUGGCUCCGGUUUCCGUCCAGCCUCACCUUCGUCAGGCGGUAUGAACGGCGCAUCAUCACCACCAAACGAGAUCACCAAACCACUAAAGGUCUCGCUAGAAGAUCUAUACUCGGGCGCUACGAAGCGGCUGAAGAUCGGGAGGAAACUGUUGGAUGGAAGUAACGAGGAUAAGGUGUUGGAGAUUCAGGUAUUACCUGGGUGGAAGAGCGGGACAAAGAUCAGGUUCCCGAAGGCAGGGAACGAGCAGAUGAGUGGCGAGGCGCAGGACUUGGUGUUCGUGGUAGAGGAGAAGCCACACGAUCGAUUCACGAGGGACGGGAACGAUUUGAUCGCGAGUGUGAAGCUUCCACUGAUGGAUGCGUUGACAGGCGAGGGAGGGAAGAAGACAGUGGAGUUGCUGGAUGGGAGGAAGGUCGGAGUGCCUGUACCGGGUGGUGUAGUGAAGCCCGGGCAGGAGACAAGAAUACCUGAGGAGGGAAUGCCAAUCAGGAAGAAUGGGGUGGGGAAGAAAAAGGGGGAUUUGGUGGUGAAGUGGGAUGUCGUGUUCCCGGAGAGACUGACUCCAGCGCAGAAAGAGGGUGUGAAGAAGGUGUUGGGUUAAAGAGGCGGCUGGUUAUUGUGUGGCGGUGGCGUGGCGACUUGAUAUGAUGGACGAUCCCGCUCUUGGUCUUUUUAUUUCCUUUGUUUUCGAACUGCUGUUUCCCUCGCAAUCUACACCUACUUCCUGUUGUUGGUUACCUCUCCUGUAUCUCUCAUUGUACUUCCGUAUUAUGCAAACACAGCUACAUCCCCGUUGGAUUUUC